AUGAAGCUCAAGCCGCUCUCCUUCGCGCGCUUCGCGCCGUCGCCGCUGGGGUGCGCGGGCCUGGGCGGCGGGAGGAGGAGGACGGUGCUCGUGGCGCUGCGCCGGGACGCCGCCGGCAGGGAGCUGCUCACCUGGGCGCUCGUCAAGGCCGCCGCCGCCGGCGACCGCGUCAUCGCACUCCACGUCUCCGCCACCCACUCCGCCGCCGACGCCGCGCCGGAGGAGAAGCUCAGGGCCCGCGACUCGCUCGCCUCCGUGCUCGGCGCCUACAGGGGCUACUGCGAGCGGAACCAGAUCGACCUCGAGCUCAGGCUCUGCGAGGGGCCCUCCAUCAAGAGGGCCCUGGUCGCCGAGGCCACCUCCUCCGCCGCCGCGCACCUCGUCCUCGGCGUCACCAACACCUCCAGGCCUUCCGGGUGGGUACCUACCAAACCUCCACGCCCUUCCCCGAUCAGGAGUUCAUCGUCCGCCACCGCCGUCGCGAGGUACUGCGCCAAGAGAGUGCCGCCGAGCUGCAUGGUCACCGCGGUCAGCAACGGCGCCGUCGUCUACCGCAAGGACGCCGUGCACCACCACCAGCUGCUCAGCCCCUACACCGCAAUGGUGGAGACGCCGCGGCGGCUGUACCGCAAGAUACUCGACGCGAGGAGGACGACGGGAGACAAGUCCCAGGACGACAUGCUCAUCGGCGACGGCCGGUCUCUGCGCCGGAACAUGUCCGUCACGAUGAGGGCCCUCGUCUCGCCGAGGGUCACCUUAGCGCCGGGCCCGGGGAGGUGUCACGCGCUGGAGUCGCCCAAAUUGGCUGCCGGCUGUCCUCUCCUAAACAAGGCUUAUUAUUCAGACAAGGCUUCCGAUGAAGGGGACGAGGAGAAGCAACUUCCAGAAGAGCUGGUUUCACUCAGAGACAAGUACUCAUCCAAGUACACAAUUUUCAGUUACAGGGAGCUAGCCAAGAUCACCAAUGGCUUCUCUCCAGAUCGACUGGUCGGGAAAGGCGGUGCGGGCCGGGUUUACAGGGGCUGUACUGAAGAGGGCAAGGAGCUCGCAGUGAAGGUCCUGAAAUCUUCGGACGACGUGACCAAGGAUUUCAUCUCGGAGAUCGAGAUCCUCAGCUGCGUUGAGCACAGGAACGCCGUGUCCCUCGUCGGGCUCUGCAUCGACGGCGGCAAGCUCAUGCUCGUGUACGACUACAUGCCGCGUGGCAGCCUGGAGGAGAUGCUGCACGCCGAGAAGAAAGGCAAGGGCGCCUUGGGCUGGCCGGAGAGGUUCAAGGUCGCCGUCGGCGCCGCGCGCGCCCUCGAGUCCCUCCACGGCGGCGGAGACCACCGCCCAGCCGUGAUCCACAGGGACAUCAAGUCCUCGAACAUCCUCGUCGCUGACGACUUCGAACCGAAGCUGUGUGACUUCGGCCUCGCGAUGUGGGCAGACGAAGCGGCGGCGCAGGUCACCGGCGACGACGUCGCCGGAACAUUCGGAUACCUGGCUCCGGAGUACUUCAUGCACGGAAAGGUGAGCGACAAGCUCGACGUGUACGCGUUCGGCGUGGUCCUCCUCGAACUCAUCUCUGGGAAGAAGCCGGUGAGCGCCGGCGGGCCCAAGGGCAGCCGCAAGGAGAGCCGCAAGGAGAGCCUCGUGAUGUGGGCGAGCUCCGUCAUACAAGGAGGCAAGCUCAUGGAUCUCGUCGACCCGAGCCUGCCGCUAGCCGACGGCGACGCCGGCGAGGUCGAGCGGAUGGCCCUCGCCGCCGCCCUCUGCAUCCGGCGAGAGCAUCAACACCGGCCGAGCAUGAUCAACGUGGUGAAGCUGCUCGCCGGCGACGGCGACGCCGUCAGGUGGGCGAGGUCGCAGGUCGGCGUGCCAGGCGACGACGACCAUGAUGGCUGCGGCGUGGCGACUUCGCCGGACAAGAAGGACAUCGAGUCGUACAUCAACCUUGCGCUGCGUGACGUCAUCGACGACGACGCCUCGUCCGUCGGCAGCGCCGACUUCAUCGGCGCCAACAUGUCCUUGGAGGAGUACCUCAAGGGGAGAUGGAGCCGGUCCUCCAGCUUCGAGGGCUGAAGGCUCCACAAGUGCGGCGAUCGCCAUUUUUGUGUGCAUAGAGCAUUCUUUUUAUUCAUUGUUUUUUAGCAACAGAUUCAUUGGUGUAUACUAAGGAGU